AAUUUCACACAACACUCAUUUUGGCAUUAUCAAUUCGCCCAAUUAUACUUAAUUGCGAAUUCUCUUUUACAGGCUGCUAAAUUCAGCAAUACACGCAUACGUUCUUAAUUGAAAAACAAAAAAUGCAAAUGUCACUUGCAGUUUCAGCACGUAAACGGAAAUUGACAUGCGAAUGACCGGCUGCUGAAAUUUAUGGAUGUACAUUAGUAGAACCAGCGUGCAAGCGACGACGAGUGUAGCAUACGCUACACGUUGACAAUUAGUGCUGUCAGUUUAAAUGACAUUUUACUGCAUGCAUACCAAUUGAUGUUGUUAAUUAAAAGCGACGAUAAGUAAACGUGACUAUAUAAUCCGGUAGUGAUGAGUAGGGAAAUUAAGUUGCGCAGGGUGAAGCAAAUGGAGCGCUAGAACGAAAGAGGUCAUGCAACGAAUUUAAAUUAAAAUUGCAUCAACAUAGUACGUCGCAUUUAAUUUUGUUGCCAUUUUGGAAUUCUGCUUCAACGCCCGAAAUUCAACGAAUACCGCCAAGUUGGAAGGAAAAAAACUCUUCACGGCUGUUAAUAACAUUUUAGCCGGUUCGAGCUUUGCCCGGGAACUCAGGCAACUAAUGACGAGAAACACUACAGUUGGUGUGGAUGACGCUACCAGUGCGGAACCGCAACAGCAGCAACAGCUUGAGACCACAGCUUAUGUCGAGCAGCAUACAGGCUACAGAGACGACGCAACAGGCGACAACACCGCAGCGGCGAUAGCAACAACAGCGCAAUCACAACACCAACUACGCCGAAACCCACAAUCAAGCAAUAUGGCUGCCACGGAAGCCGACUCGGAGUCUACAAAAACAGCAAAAACACCAACACGACAUCGCAGUCGACGUCUGACCGACUUGGUAUUGGAUCCUAGCUGUAAUCGAUUAGCAUGCGAGCAGUCGGUGGAGCAGCGCGAUGCACUGACGGCAGAGGAUUAUGACGAUGCGGUAGUUGCUGAUGAAGAUGAAGAUGACGACUUCGAAGAUGGCGUGGAUGGCGAGAAUGAUUAUUACGAUGAAUCGCCGGUGCAGCGUAGCGCUAGAUUUCUGCAACCACGCAAACAGCAACAAAGAAAAAGUGAACUGCAAGAAGAGGCAGCGAACACAGCGAAAUGUGGCGGAAAGCGACCAAAGCGGCGUAUUAAGACGACUCGGCAAUUUUCACAGCGCACCACCUCGACCGAGUCGACGGAGAGUGGCGCACGUCCAUGCAUCUCUAAGGGACAAAUGCGGGAAUUCCGCGAAGCAUUUCGUUUAUUCGAUAAAGAUGGCGAUGGCUGCAUAACGAAGGAGGAGCUGGGCACCGUAAUGCGUUCACUGGGUCAAUUCGCACGUGUCGAGGAAUUGCAGGAAAUGCUGCAGGAAAUCGAUGUGGAUGGCGAUGGCAACGUCAGUUUUGAGGAGUUUGUAGACAUACUUUCCAACAUGGCUUACGAGGACAAAUCAGGUCUCUCGUCUGCCGAUCAGGAGGAGCGUGAGCUGCGUGAUGCUUUUCGUGUAUUCGAUAAGCAUAAUCGUGGCUAUAUAACAGCUUCAGACUUGCGAGCGGUGCUGCAAUGUUUGGGCGAGGACCUGGAUGAGGAAGAUAUCGAGGACAUGAUUAAAGAAGUCGAUGUCGACGGCGAUGGACGCAUUGAUUUUUAUGAAUUUGUGCACGCUCUGGGUGAACCGGAAGACUCUCAAGAGAACGAUGAGGAGAACGAGGAAGAGAAUACCACUUCACCAUUACCAACACCAAAAUCAGUUGUGUCAAUGAGUUAUGACUAAACUACAUACUUAGGUAAAAAUUUGGCUGGUAUUAAC